AUGAUACGCACUAAAUAUCUCUCAUUUUAAGAAUAUUCAGAGUCUAAUUUAAAUCAUCUCAGUUUUUCCUUUAACAUACUAUCACUCUAUAUAAAUAAUUUAAAUCCAUAAUUAGUAUCAAUCAAUCAAUUAAAGCUCUCUCUCAUCUAAGAAUUAUCCAUUUAUUUAUAUUUCUUAAUUUAUAUCCAGGCUUUCUCUAUUCCAAUUUUUCAAUUUUUCGAUCUAAAGAUCUUGGUUUUUUAAGGUUCACUUUUCGAACCUCUUAAAUUCUAUACAUAGUAUUAAUGUUUUACAAUAUUUAUAUUAAGGAUUGAUUUCAAUGAUUAUUAUAAUUGCUUUCAUACUAAAAAGAAGAAAAAUGGUCGGAUAAUUGAUCAAAUAUACAUACAUUUUUCUGUUAAAUAUAAUAUAUGUUGCUUUGAAGUUUUUAUUUUAAUAUUUAUUGUAUAUUAAAUAAUGUAUUAUCAAUAUUAUACUCAAUUAAGAGUAAAAUGA